UUUCACAAUAUAAAAUGGUGGAGUCUUUUCUGAAAGCACAUCUUCACCAGUUUUUGUUUGAACGGUUCGAAAUUACAUAGAAUCAAAAUGACUAAUUUCUCCGUUGUGGUUGUACUAGCUGCUUUCGUCUGUGCUUUGAAUGCAAAUCCGACAAAUUUUGGAUCAGGCGGCCUCGAUACAAGUUUUGACGAUGCGUGGGAAAAGCUGUCAAUUUCAACUCCAAAACCUUUGACUGAGCAGGAUAUUGAAAACUUACGUCCUUCUAAUGACACGGUGGUCCAGGGCCAAUCUCAUUAUACUUCGAAACACGUCGAAACCAAAAACGGGGUAAUAACAAAUGAGGAGUCUGACACGAAAGACGUAACAAAUGACAAUGGGAAUGUUAGUAAACAUGAAACCAAAAAUUAAGUUAUGAAGAUAACAAAUGUUCCCGAUUGACUAAAUGGAGAGAUAACGCACUAUAUUGUAAUAUAAUAAAUCUUUAUGGAAUA